AUGGCGGUGGAAAAGAAAUACAUUACCAGCGAGGACCUGAAGAAGUACAAGAAGCCCGGCGACCUCUGGAUCACGAUCCAGGGGAAAGUCUACGACGUCUCCGAGUGGGUGAAGCGGCACCCGGGCGGCGAGGUAGCCAUCGCCAACGUCGCCGGCCAGGACGUCACCGACGCAUUCAUAGCCUACCACCCGGGUACGGCGUGGAAGAAUCUCGACCCGCUCUUCACCGGCUACCACCUCGAGGACUACGCCAUCUCCGACGUUUCCAAGGACUACCGCCGCCUCGCCGCCGAGUUUUCCAAGCUCGGCCUCUUCGACAAGAAAGGGCAUGUCGCCUUCUCGGCCCUCGCCGUCGUGGCGGCCCUGUUCUCGCUGGUGGUAUACGGCGUCUCGCCCAGCUCCUCGCCGGCAACUGCCUCACGGGGAUCAGCAUCGCGUGAUGGAAGUGGACGCACAACGCCCACCAUCUGGCGAAACCUAGAUUUCGAUCCCGUGGCGAGGUUCCUCGUUAGCUACCAGCACUGGACGUUCUACCCGGUAAUGUGCGUCGCCAGGGUGAAUCUCUACCUCCAGACCUUCAUCCUCUUAUUUUCCCCCAAACGAAUUGUCCCCGACAGGGCACUGAACAUAGUCGGGAUUUUGGUUUUCUGGCCCCGGUUCCCUCUUUUGGUUGCUCGCUUGCCGAAUUGGCCCGAGAGGUUCGUGUUCGUGCUGACUUCCUUCGCGGUGACAUCGAUCCAGCAUGUUCAGUUUUGUCUCAACCAUUUCCCGGCGAAUAUGUACAUGGGUCCACCGAGGGCCAACGAUUGCUGUUCAUACCUAGCGAAUCCUGUGCCCAAGAACAUGGUGUGGGAAGCUGUUCAUACUCACGGUUGA